GGGGCGUUGUCCGGCCGGUUCCGCCGCCGGCCGAGCUCCGCGAGCUCCGCUGAGGGCCGCGGGUGACCAGACGGCGGCGGGUCGGAGAGCGGCGUCCGGGGGUGUCCUGCGCGGGAGCAUGGACCCCGUGGCCGCUCACGGCUGCCACCUGCUGCAGCAGCUGCACGAGCAGCGCAUCCAGGGCCUGCUCUGCGACUGCACGCUGGUGGUGAGGGGCGUCUGCUUCAAAGCACACAAGAACGUCCUGGCGGCCUUCAGCCAGUGCUUCAGGAGCCUCUUCCAGAACUCCUCGGGCCAGAAGAACGAUGUCUUCCACCUGGACAUUAAAAAUGUGAGCGGCAUCGGGCAGAUCCUGGACUUCAUGUACACGUCUCACCUGGAUCUCACCCAGGACAACGUGCAGGUGAUGCUGGACAUAGCGCAGUGUCUGCAGGUCCAGAACGUCCUCAAUCUGUGCCACACGUUUUUGAAGUCAGCCGCCGGGGAGCAGCCCCCUGGCACGCCUUGUGACGGUGCGUUCUCCCCGCAGAGCACUCUGGCUGCUGACGCCAGCUGCGUCGUGGGCGAGCACUACUCCCCUCACUCACUGCAGGGGUGCGCGGCAGACGGCCCCCCGCACGGCGAGGCCUUGGACGGGCCGCACUCUCGGGCUCCGCCGCCCGUUCUCCUUCACCGCCCUGCAGGUGCAGCAGCCAAACAAGCCCCCGAAGCUUUAGACGGCAGCUGCACAGAGCUGCCGUUCAAACAGCCGAGUUACUACCACAAACUCAGGAACUUGUACAGCAAGCAGUACUACAGACAAGCCACUUGUCCCAGCCACGAGAGGACAGUCGAGCAGCCUUUCACCGUCAGCCCGUCCCCGGACCCGACAGCCGAGGAAAUCCAGCCUCCUGCAGCGAGCCAUUCCGACUGUGCCCUGCCAUGUGCCAUGCCGUCCUCAGAGCACUUACCCGCCCACUUCCUGGCCCAGCCCCUGAGUGAACCUGCCCCGGGCCCUGCGCCAGAGGACACGUUCCAGCAGCCCACCAAGCAGAUGAGGCUCAAAAAGGCCAUUCACCUUAGGAAGCUCAAUUUCCUGAAGUCACAGAAAUCUGCAGAGCAAACCUCUGCACCCGAGUCGGAUGAGGGUGUAGCAAAGAGGAUGGACCCUGCUAGCGAAAGCACUGGCGAGAAGGCCAGCAGUCGGAGUGCUGAAGACAGAGGCAGCGAAGAACUGGUCAGCUCCGAGAAUUUCAGUUGCAUGAAUGAAACUGAAGAGAGGCCUCGAGAGCUUGUGGCGCUGGAAGACCAGUCCCAGAUGCUGCAGUCCCAGAGACAAUACGCAUGCGACUUGUGUGGGAAACCUUUUAAACACCCGAGCAAUUUGGAGCUUCACAAACGGUCUCAUACAGGUGAGAAACCUUUUGAAUGUAACAUUUGUGGGAAACAUUUCUCUCAGGCAGGUAACCUGCAGACUCACUUGCGUCGGCAUUCUGGGGAGAAGCCGUACAUCUGCGAAGUCUGCGGCAAGAGGUUCGCGGCCUCCGGGGACGUGCAGCGCCACAUCGUCAUUCACUCCGGGGAGAAGCCGCACCUGUGCGACAUCUGCGGCCGAGGGUUCAGCAACUUCAGCAACCUGAAGGAGCACAAGAAGACGCACACGGCCGAGAAGGUGUUCACCUGCGACGAGUGCGGGAAGUCCUUCAACAUGCAGAGGAAGCUGGUGAAGCACCGCGUCCGGCACACCGGGGAGCGGCCCUACAGCUGCGCGGCCUGCGGGAAGUGUUUCGGGGGCUCCGGGGACCUCCGCAGGCACGUCCGCACUCACACCGGGGAGAAGCCGUACACGUGUGAGAUCUGUGACAAGUGCUUCACCCGCUCAGCCGUGCUGCGGCGGCACCGGCGGAUGCACUGCCGGCCCGACGACGACGAGGGCCCGGACGCGCUGCAGGAGCUCGCGCACGCCUUCGAGACCUCCGACCUCGACAGGGCCCCGCUGUCCGACUCGUUUUCCCAAGACGCGUCUGUGCCUGUGGUACCCGCGUCUGCCAAGCUUCCUGGCGCCCCGGUGGAAGACUCGGUGGCGGAGCUAGACGGCCACCCUGCCGGCUCCUGCUGUAAGUUCCGGCCCUCGACCCAGCCUCACGGAGCCAGCGGCCGGGAGAAGCUCGGUCUGGACCCUGGCAAACUCGCUAAGGCGCCGGGACCACCCGUGCAGCACCAGGCCUUUGCUUACGCGGCCACAGACACUUCCGCCAGCGCUGGGCCGCCGCCAGCCGACGGCGUGGCCGCAGUCCGCUCCUCUCUGGCUGUUUUGGACAACCACUGCGGCGACCCCCCGGGCGGCCGGGCAGCGGCCACGGCCUGCAGGAACUCGGAAGGCCAGUUCUUCUCCAGCAUGACGCUGUGGGGGCUGGCGAUGAAGACGCUGCAGAACGAAAACGAGCUGGACCAGUGACGCCGGCCCGGCGCGUCUCAGCGUCAGGGGCUCUUGCUGAGUCCAGCAGCCCGCCUCCAGGAGAGAGCCUUCCCC